AUGGCGGCGGGGAGUAUUUUUAAUGUCUUUACAGGACGAACUCAUAGAUCAAACCAAGUUACUGCUCCCGAGUAUGUGUUUCUGAUUUCUGAAUUGGCAGGGGAACAAAGAUUUGCUUCUAUUGUUGCUAAAAGACUUGAGAGCUUGGGAGCGCUUACACAUGGUGACAGAAGAGCAACAGAAUCUAGAGAUCUGAGCAGGUUCAAUUUUGAUAAUAAGUAUGGAAGAAAUGCUUUAGAAAUUGUCAUGAAAUCCAUUGUCAACCUAGAUUCUCCUAUGGUAUCACCACCUCCAGACUACCCUGGAGAAUUCUUUAAAGAUGUUCGACAAGGACUGAUAGGAGUUGGCCUGAUAAAUGUAGAAGAUCGUUCGGGAAUUCUUACUCUAGAUAAAGAUUAUAACAACAUUGGAAAAUUCUUAAAUAGAAUUUUGGGCAUGGAAGUACAUCAGCAGAAUGCAUUAUUUCAGUAUUUUGCAGACACACUUACAGCGGUUGUUCAAAAUGCCAAAAAAAAUGGAAGAUAUGAUAUGGGAAUUUUAGAUCUUGGUUCUGGAGAUGAAAAAGUGAGGAAAAGUGAUGUUAAGAAGUUUUUGACUCCAGGAUAUUCCACUUCUGGUCACGUAGAGUUAUACACUAUUAGUGUGGAGAGGGGAAUGUCUUGGGAGGAAGCUACCAAGAUUUGGGCUGAGCUGACAGGACCAGAUGAUGGCUUUUACUUGUCGUUGCAAAUAAGGAACAACAAGAAAACUGCCAUCUUAGUUAAAGAAGUGAACCCUAAAAAGAAGCUUUUCUUAGUUUAUAGACCAAAUACUGGGAAACAGCUCAAAUUAGAAAUUUAUGCUGAUCUAAAAAAGAAAUAUAAGAAGGUAGUCUCAGAUGAUGCCCUGAUCCACUGGUUAGAUCAGUAUAAUUCAUCUGCAGAUACUUGUACUCAUGCUUAUUGGCGUGGCAACUGCAAAAAAGCCAGCUUGGGAUUAGUUUGUGAAAUAGGUCUUCGUUGCCGCACGUAUUACGUAUUAUGUGGCUCCGUUCUGAGUGUCUGGACAAAGGUUGAAGGUGUUCUGGCAUCUGUCAGUGGCACAAAUGUGAAGAUGCAGAUAGUUCGGCUAAGAACAGAGGAUGGACAACGGAUUGUAGGUUUGAUCAUUCCUGCAAAUUGUGUGUCUCCUCUUGUAAAUCUCCUGUCAACUUCAGACCAGUCUCAACAGCUUGCGGUCCAACAGAAACAGCUCUGGCAGCAGCGUCACCCACAGAGCAUCGCCAACUUGAGCAACGCAUAAGAACAGACAGGUUUCGACAUGGAUGUAUCUGAAAUGCUGUUGAAGCAUAUCAUUUGCAUAAAAAUCAGGGACAGUUUCCAAAGAAUUAUAAUUUUUUUUCAGUUGUGCUCUCUCUAGUUAAUUUUUUUGGGAAUAAGGACAAACCUGGAAUAGAUAGCAAAACUGAAAAUCAGCAGUGCCGAUGGUGGUACAUAUGUCUUUCCUUCGCUUUUCCCAUGGUACUUCCCAUAUGCUUUUACUUUGGGUGAGCAGAGGGAUAUGUGCGCGUGCGUGUGUGUCUGUUUGUUUGUGAGUUUGUUAAAGGCUACAAACCACAAUUGGUUUAAAAAUGCUUGGAACUUCCCAAACUGGCUUUACUUUUAUGUUAUACAGUGCUCAGGGUUAACGCAGUACAUCCAUGCAAUUGCUGUGGGAGUUAUCCCCAGAUGCAUGUGUUUUGAGUCUAUAAAUAUAGAAAAUAUAUAUUGGUUUCUUUUUCCAACUUAUUAAACAAUAGGUUUAUUAAAGCAUGAAAUGAAAGGUUGCAUAUCAUGCAUUCAGGUUUUUUUCUAGUUUUUGUUCUGACAGUGCAUGUCUUUGAAAGCAUGUGUAAACAAGAUUAAAACGAGUCAAGUAACGGAGAGAAACUUUGUAGAUGUACAGCAUUGGUUAUUGCAUUUUUAUAGUGUUUAUACCUGGGUAUUGCUUCUCACCCUGCAAAUCCCACCCCCAGGCCUAUUCUCCCUGCCCCAAGUUUCUUGUCAAGGUAAUGAGUACAUAACAUUUUUUGUGGUAAAACUCUUAAAAAGUUAAUUUUAAUGUAUUAAUAGUAUUCCUAAUGUGUGCUGCAGAAACGGCUACAAGCCUGCUUUUCUUAAAAUUACAUUUUCCUUAACUUAAAGAUAGUUUUAGAAGUACAAAUUGGCUUCCAUCUUGCAAACAAUCUUUUUUUUUACUUCAUUAUCUUAAUUUGUCACUCAUAAAAAAGGAAACCGUACUUGAGCUGUAAACUAGACAAUGAGGAGACACUUGAGGCUUCUGCUGUAUGUUUAUUUCUUGUUGUUAUUGUUGUUACCCAGUAACUUGAAUAUUGUUUAAUGUGUUGUAAGACAUUGUAGAGUUUAUCUCAAGCUGUUAAAAAUGGUAAUGUACAAAUGUGAAUAGACACUUAUCUAUAAUAUGGGUAAGUUUUGUUUCGCCUAUAAUAGAUGUUUAUAAAAACAAGUGAGGGGACAAUUGGUUUUUUUGUUUCCUUUUGUUUUCCUCCCCCCCCCCCUUUUUUUUUGCUUGCACAGGUUGCACUAUUGAAAAAUUGAGAUUGUAUAAACCUGGUCAAAAGCUACAAGAUACCACAGUCUUGUAGAUGUCUAAUAAAAAGUUAUUAUACUAACCAGAA